AUGAGUGCAUCAGCAAAUGGGAAAGGUUACGACUCUAUCAUGAAGAUCCUAUUAAUUGGUGAUUCUGGUGUUGGUAAGUCCUGUUUAUUAGUCCGUUUUGUAGAAGACAAAUUUAAUCCUUCGUUUAUUACCACCAUUGGUAUUGAUUUCAAGAUUAAAACUGUAGAUAUUAAUGGUAAAAAAGUUAAAUUACAAUUAUGGGAUACCGCAGGACAAGAAAGAUUUAGAACCAUUACUACUGCCUAUUAUAGAGGUGCUAUGGGAAUUAUUCUUGUAUAUGAUGUUACAGAUGAAAGAACUUUCUCAAAUAUUAAACAAUGGUUUAAGACUGUAAACGAACAUGCUAAUGAUGAGGCACAAUUGUUACUUGUAGGUAAUAAAAGUGAUAUGGAUACAAGAGUGGUCACUUAUGAACAAGGUGAAUCUUUGGCUAAGGAAUUGGGAUUACCAUUUGUAGAAUCCAGUGCAAAGAAUGAUGAUAAUGUCAAUGAAAUAUUCUUUACUUUAGCUAAAUUAAUUCAAGAGAAGAUUGAUGCUAACAAAUUAUCUGCUGCCGGUAGUGGGAAAGAUGGUAGUGUCAGUAUCAAUGGCAGUAAUUCUGGAUCAAAGUCAAGCUGUUGUUAG